AUGAAGGUAUCCAGGAAAGCUCGAGAAAUGCACGAUUCUCAAUUGGGUAAGAGGGACCUAGCCACUUCUUUUGAUCAGCUGAAGGCACCGAAUCUAUCGAUAGACCAUUCAAUGGUCUCUACACCAAAGAAGAGCCGAAUGGAUCUCCAUGCAAGCGCAAUGGAAUCAUCCCCAAUUUCGCUCAGGUACAAUAAGAAACCAUUCUCAAGGGAUGCAGGGAAGGAAAACGAUGCCAUUGGCUUUGGCAGUUUUAAAAAUGUGAGCCAGUCGUUCGAAGAUCUGAAUGACAGUAACAGUGGUAUUCUUCAAUCAGAGUGUCACCAAAUAAGAGAGACGUCAAAGCUCCCAGCGGACACACAAUCACUACCUAAUAAUAGUGGAGAAGAUACUGAGGGCAAACUCAGAAAUAUAACAGAAAAAUUGGCUGAUCUAUUCGAAAAUAAGAAUACGAAUAAAAAUACUAGUGAUGAUGAGCCCGUAAUCGAGGGAGAGGAUGAUGAUGAUCUUUCCACGUACGAAAUUCCAAGACUUCGAGAAUCAAUGACUCCCUGGAGAAAGAAAUCAAGCAAUCGUCAAUCCAUCGUGUCUUCUCAAUCUACUGUCAUAAGCCAACCAUUAUUUGACAAUGUCACCCACCCACAAACAAAAGCAGAUGUCAAUUUGGGCGAAUUCAAGAAUUUACAAGCGCAACUAACGAUGUACAAAGUUAAGGUUAAUGCACUCUACGAGAUUAUAAAACAAAGUAAUUUGAGCGAGAACAAUAAUGAGUUUUUCAAUAAUCUCUUGAAUACGAUUCAACAAGAUGAAGAAAUCUUGGGUUUGAAAAGAAAUGUCCAAGGUUUGAAUAAUAAAUUAAACGCUAGAGAUGAAAAAAUACAAGAUUUGAAUAAUCAACUUAUUGAAACUAGGGAUGAAUAUACAACAACACUCAACUACACUGACGAAUUUUUGAAGAACACUGAUUUAAUGUCCACUGUACUAGACAACAUACUCGAUUUACUCAUAAAUCGGGACAUGGGAUUAAAUAGUCCAAUGAUCAAAGAUUUAGUCAAGGCGAAGACUAGUGGGUCCAGUUUUAUUAUGAACAAAUUGAAUGUUUUGGAGAAAUCUCUAACAUAUCUGUUUGAUAAAAUACAAAACAAGAUGAGUCGUAGCAUGGAUGAAAGUUACGAAGCUGACACAGAAAGAAAUCGAGAAAACACGUCACAGGGUGUUGACUCUAAGAUGGAACUUGUUAUAGAAGAUUUACAUCAGGAAUACGACAAAUUUAUUAAGGGAAUUAGGACUAAGUUAUCCAGGUCUUCUGAGCUAGAACAAUUGCUGAUAUUGAAAUUAUCAAGGCAACAAGACCUUCUUAGUGACAUUGCAUCCAAGUAUAAGGAAAAUGAAUCCGACUUUAACAAAUUAACCCUUCUAAAAUCAUACCAAGAACAAAGUGAACUUUUGAAUAAUUUGAUCAAAUCUUUGAAACAAAGCAAUAAGGAUAAAGACAAUGAAAUAGCGAGAAUCACUUACAAAUUAAACGAGAGUGAAUCGUUGAAACAGGAUGAAAUUCAGCAAAGAAAUCUCAUAAAAGAACUUCACGAUUUGAAAAAACUCUCGAAACUAAAAGAGCAAAACUGGGAAAACCUUACAAACCAGUUAGACGUACAGAUAAAUGAAUUGACUUCAACGAACAAAAACUUUGAAGAUUUAGUAGCUCAAUUAAAAACUGAUCUAAAUGAGCUUAAAACUUCUAACGAGGAAUUACUCGAUCAGCUAGAUGACAAUAAGAAAAACUAUGACACUUCUAUGAACCAGUUGAAUGAACUUAAAUCUAACAAUGCAUUGCUGGAGCAUCUAUUGCUAAAGCAGAAGGCCCAACAGUCCAGGCUGUCUGAUGUAAACGAAAUGGAUUUCAAAAAAUUUAAUAAUAAUAUAAUGAUACAUCUAACUAAUAUCUUCAAGAUAUUAUCCAAAAUAAUUCAAAAAAAUUCCAUCAACCAAUCGCUGAACAAAAUCAAUUCAAUCAACAAUAUCGCUUCACUGAAAAAUAUCACAUCCAUGGAGGCAAAAUACGAAUCAUUAUACACUUUCAUUGAAACGGCUAUUGAAUCCAUCAUUGAAUCUUACACGAGACUUGUACUGAGCGAAAGAGACGACAUUACCACUAAUACGUCUGAAACUAAGUAUGAUGGCAUGCAGCUACGAAUCGAAGAGUUGCAAAGGAGAUGGCAUGCCGAAAGAGAGAGAAGAAAGUUGGAUUCGGAAUCUGCUGAGAAGAGAAUUGCAAAACUUGAAAUGGAAAACGAGUUGCUAAAGGAUCAACUAUUCAAUGCGUCAGUAGGAGACUAA